AACAAACCAUUAAUGCUACAUAAUCAGUUACCUGCUUUACCUCACUCAGCAUGUAGCUUUUACAAUGGAGUCUUUUGGUGGAAGAGGAAAAUAACAAAAGAAAUGGUAGGCUGUAGGACCCAGAGGAUGCCACCAGACGAGGCAAACAGAAGCGCACACUCCUGUCCCACCCUAAAGCAAGGGAGGAGAAGUUGAACUGCAUUCCAGCUGUUAACAAUCCUUCUGCUGCUGCGACCACCGUAAACAGUAGGAAGGUGGAGUCGUGUGAUCGAAUAAAACAGGACCAGGCAUCCACGAGGAGCAUUAAGUGAAAGCAGUGUUGCACAGGUACAUCAGGAUGUCUUCUCCAAAGCAGCAGGACACCAUCUCCAGCAUUGCAGAGGCAAUGGCUCCUCAGUCGUGGUCCAAGGUUAGCUGUCCAUGUUGUGUGUCAUCCGAGGUAGAGCCGCUGGUUAUAAUUCAACUGGCCGAUAAUGUGGAGUCCAACACCAAAGAGUGGAUCAUGGCCAUGAUCUCGGCAUCUCAUAAGUCCGGAGGAGCACACCUACUCGCACAUCCUGGAGAAGAUGCCAGCUGGGGUCGGAUUGUGGUUGCGGCGCCUCGCUGUACCUUACUCAGGUCCACUGAAGAAUUAGGACUCUGUAAAGCUGACAAAGAGGGGAAUAUGUUCUUGUUUUCCUUUCAUGACCGUAACAACUUUAUUAACAUCGAUGACAUGCAGAAGUUCCUGACUCUGGCUGAGAGACAGUACAUCGUCCAACAUGAGCUGGAGUCCAUGAGAGCUGUGAAAGACCAGCGCAUACCUGGAAUACCUGGAGACAAGGGCAUCCUUAAAUCCAGACAGAAUAUAAUGCAGAAGCUGCAGAAAGCAGGAGUGAUCCAGGAUGUGUUCCCCCUGUGUGAUGAGAAGAAGUUAAAAGCUCUUGGCAAAGAGUGGUAUUUAAAGAAAAGCUUAUGGGGACAGCCUUUAGACACCAUUAAUGAUUACUUCGGUUGCUCCAUCGCUUUCUACUUCAGCUUCUUGGACUUCUACACAUGGGCUCUGGUACCUCCAGCAAUUCUGGGCUUCUUAAUAACUUUCUUUCUUCCUGGAACCCCACCCACUGAUGAACCUAAAGCAGAAAAUUCAACCUCUGGCCCAGGUCUCUUGAGUGCUGAUGAUGACCAUCUGUCCGUGAGUUCCCACAUGGUGCAGGCUGCGUUCAGCAUGGUCUGGUCGACUGUGUUCAUGGAGCUGUGGAAGAGAAGGAGCGCAGCGUUAUCGUACCGCUGGGGUACACUGACACUAACCGAGCAUUUCCAGGAUCCACGGCCAGGUUUCCAGGGAGAGGUGGGAAUCAAUCCUGUGACGGGCAGAAGAGAGCCGCUCUUUCCCGAUUGGAAGAGGCAAAUGCGAGUGGGCUUAGUAUCUAUUCCUGUGGUGGGACUUUUCCUCGGGCUUGUUGUCCUCGGCAUGGUGGGAUUUUAUUACUGCGAAAGCAUCACGGCUUCGAUUCACAAGACUUCUGGAUCGAUUAUAACGGCCACAUUGUCCUACCUGCCCUCCAUCAUACACAUCGUUUACACCAACAUGCUGGGGAAUGCCUACCGCACUGUAGCACUGAAGCUCACUGAGUGGGAGAACCACCGAGAAGAAUCUGCUUUUCAGACUAAUCACACAACUAAAGUUCUGGUGUUCACCUUUUUCAACAACUUUGCUGUGCUGUUCCACAUUGCCAUCUUCAAACAGGACCUGCACCUCCUACGCAAGAGGCUGUCAUCGCUGCUGAUCUUGUCUCAGGUGGUAAACCAGUUCACAGAGGUGGUGGUGCCGUUUGUAGUAGAUCGUUUCUACAGCUCUUCACAGAAAGAGCUGAAGGAGGACGACCCGGCCGCUGAUCACAUGCAGGCCGAAGGCAGUCUGCCUCCAUUUCCUGGUCUGUUUUUGGAGUACAUUGAGCUGCUGGUGCAGUUUGGUUAUCUGAGUCUAUUUUCCUGCGUGUACCCACUCACGGCCGUGCUUCUACUAAUUAACAACAUCACCGAGAUCCGAGGUGAUGCAUUCAAGAUCUGCCGCCUCUUCCGAAAGCCCUUCUCUCCACCUGAGGCCAGCAUAGGCGUGUGGCAGGCAGCAUUUGAGGUGUUGGCGUUUUUCUCGGUCAUGACGAACUGUUGGCUGCUGUUUUUAGCUCCACGAAUAAAAGCAUACACUCAGGACGUCGGUCUAAACCCAAGCACUGUGCUGGUAUUCUUCAUCAUGGUGGAGCACGUUUUGAUUGUGGUGAAAAUGAUUCUGGCUUUUGUUAUUCCUGAUGAACCAGACUGGGUCCAGAUCAAGAGGCAACAGAUCGAAUAUCGCACCAUGAAGGCGCUCACAGGGCAGACAGUAAAACAUUUCCAGACCACUGAACUCCCUCGCUCAUAACAAUGAGACAGGAAAACAGAAAUGUGGCAUCGGACCACACGUUCACUACACUACCUUUAAUGAUUAAAAACUUGGUUUGCUGUUGCACCAUGAGGUAUGGGGUUGCCAGAUGGUGCCUGAAUACGUUUGGGAAAUUUGGACCACACACGGCGUCUUCCCCUAGAGGACAGCUGAAGUGGAUGGAAAAGGUUUCUCAAAGAAGCUAGUAAGAUUAAAAAAGGCUUUUUAAAGGCAAGUGGUAUAUAAAUAGAGAGAUAUAGAAGUUAGCGAGCUUGGAGGGCAAUUUAAGGCAUGUCCAUUUGCUAGCUCAUAAAUCUGUGUUCAGAGUAUGCACACAUAUGCCCAGGUGUGGUAAUUUACAUAUUUAAAAAUUUUUUUUUAAAUGUUUUAUUAUAUAUAUAUAUAUAUAUAUAUAUAUAUAUAUAUAUAUAUAUAUAUAUAUAUAUAAAUAUAUGACAAAAUGGCACAUAUGUAAUACAUAAUGCUUGCACUGGUUGUCACAGUAAACAAGACAAAUCACAUCCCUUAUGCAGUACAUGCAUAAGUACCGUUACACUGUAUCUCAGAUCGCAUCAUCUGACCUCCUAUGUGUGCUAUAGCGUUGGUUAUAUUGAAUUUCCUUUUAAACGAGUCCUUCGUUAAAUUUAUGUCCGUGAUAAAAUUAUAUAAAAUUCCACCUGGUACGAUUAUGUUAUGGUCCAGUGUAAGGUAGGUUAAUGCUAAAGGUGUAGAUUUUACUAUUGACUUAAUUUGUUUAGUAAAUGCAAUCCAAUGUCUGACUAGUUUCUCUGCAAUUUUUCAGAUAUAUCAGUGUAAACACACUAAUAAUUUAUGCUUUCCCAAGAUGUCUAGAAUUGUAAAUAAAUAUGCGUUCCGAGUCCCAACAUAUACCUUGCACUAUAAACUUUUAUCGUCUGGCAACCAAAGAUUUUAGCUUGCAGCAAUGACUACUUAUAUAAGGAAUGUAAUGGCCUUUGAUGCCUUUAUGAAACUUUUACUGCUGAGUGAUGCUUUAUUGUGCAGCUAUUUUAUAUAUAUAUAUAUAUAUAUAUAUAUAUAUAUAUAUAUAUAUAUAUAUAUAUAUAUAUAUAUAUAUAUAUAUAUAUAAACCUAAAGAACCAAAGAGUAAGAUUACUAUUCUUGCCAAGAUGUUGUGCACUGUACUGAUUAUAAAUAAACAAAUAAUUCACAACAGAGACAUUCAUUUGGUUUACUCUGUUUUAAUAAAUAAAUACAAAAAUAAAUUAAUCUCAUUGAGACAGAGUCAUUGUUUUAAGAAGGGUCAAUGGGACUCUAGACAUAGCCAGAUGUCAUUCUACCCCGGUCGGUAAACUGGAGACCCGAGACAAUGAGAAUGCAAAUGAAAAAGUGUAGAGUGAGUAAAGAAUGAUAAUCAUGAUGUGUACGUCUGUCUCCUUUUCUAAAGGUGUAGUCGAAUGUUUAGAGCAGGCCUGCAGUCAGGAAGUGUCUGUGAGUAAGUGCAGUACAUGUUUGUGCUUUACAGACAAAAAUCUAAUGCACACAAUUGGUUCAUUAUCGAAAAACUGUCAUCGAUGCUUCUCUAGUUUUUUUUUUUUCUUUUAUACUUAAUUGUAAAUAUAAAGGUAUAUUAUCUCCCACAUAACAACCAGCCUUCCAAUACAUCAUGUGGCAUUUAUGUAACAGAUAAAGGUCUUUGAUUUUGCUUGUCCAUGUUCCCCCCAGCAUAUAUAGUUAUAGUGAUCACACUGUGUCCUUCACCACUUCAGUGAGUGGAUGUGGUUCUGGUGCAAAACUAUAAAAGCAAAUGUCAGGAUAUGGAAAAUUGUGCGCAUUAGAUUUUUUUUCCACCUAGCCAUUCCUUUUCACUUUACAGCCUGAAGAACAAGUGAUGACAAAUUCUCCAGGCAAAGUUAAUGCACUGACCUUCAAUAAACUUUGUUUCACUAUCGACAUUUUAUUUGCUCUAAAACACUUCAUGGCUAAAGGCCGUAGUCAGGCUAGAGCUCUGUGAAGAAGAUUUUCCUGUGCCGUAUCUUGAAUACAGAACAAAAAAGUUUAGUUGAUGGAUUAAAUGAAUUCUAUAAUAUGUAGGUUUUAAUGCACCGUAUACGUUAGAGAUACGCUGCACUAUAGCUAUUAAGCAUUAGCUCAGAUCACUGUGUCUAAGCUGAAGUUUGGCCGACUUGGGCAUUCGACAUGUCACAAAACAGCAUCUAUGUUUUUGUAUGAUUGAUGAAACAGUACCGUAUAUUCAGGACUAUAAUUCAUACUCCAACCUGUAAUUUUGACUUCUUAGAGAUAAAAGUCAAUUUGCUUUUUGCUGCCACAUUUUGUAUACAGGAUUUACUGCGUAACCUUUUGGAUUCUGGCGUGCAGUUAAAAGUUUCUAUGGAGCUUUUGAGAAUCCUAUUUUUUUCCCAUUUUAUAAAUUAAGUGUAAUAACUGAUAUUUUUGCUGUAAUGACUGUAUUUAUAUAAAUAAGCAGACAUUAAGUUGAUGCAAAUGUUUUAACAGCAAUGCACCUUCAGUAUUGCUCAAAUUUUUUGUACUAAAUAUUCAAUUCAACAGUGAAUAAAUAGGUAUUCUAUAAGACGUCGUAAGCAUGCCUGCGGAUAUUUGUGCUUGAUAUGGACAGCAGAACACGGUUUGAGGCGGCAGUAUGAAUGAGAUUGUGAAUCUGUUCAAUACGGACAUAUCACAUGCGCAUGUACCGUAAAGUGUAAAGAGAAACAGAAUCUGUUUACUAAAAAAUGUCCUAUGACCAGCAGACAGCAUGAAAAUCACGCCAGUAAUAGAUAUUAAUAAACUCUGUUGUAAAAUGACAACAACAAAAUCGUCUUAUAGUCCAAAAAAAUACGGUUUGUUUCAGACAUUUGCUUUUGUUAAAGUGAAAUCAUUUUUGUCCUUCAUGCUUCAGAAGACCUUAAUAACAACAACCGCUUUGACAACGUUACCAGUGAGUGAAUGGAUGUUAUUUAUAUGUAUAGUUAAGAAAGUUAUUUAUCAUUCUACAUGUGAAUGGUCUAAUAUUGUAGUUGAUUUCGUCUUUUUUACGCGAUAGCACUACCAAACAGCAAAACACUUCUGCUUUAGGAGAACGUUUAUACGUCUAUACGUAGCCUGUCGUUAGUACGAUUUCUAAACGUUUUUCUACAACCUCAUCGUUUUUAUUAUUUAGAAAUUCCACUUUUCUUUGCUGUUUGAUGCCUAGAGCUAGUUUUCUAUUUGGUUUGUUAGGUGAAAAACACGAUAUCAGGUCAAUAGCAUAUACAUACUGUAGAUAAUAGCACACAUGCUCAAAAGAAUAUAUAUACACACUGUACAUGUCCAGAUGUGUCCCAGAGCUUAUACCGACAGACUGCUUGCUCAGCAGUAAACGUGCACCGCGAGGAGUUCGAUCAAGCCAGUCUCACUCUCUUCUGAUGGUCCUCUUAAAUACAGUUAAAUAAAAGUGAAGUAAAACAAACAUAAAAAAAAAAAACAA